CUCCUGCCGGCUUAUGGGCUUGUGGGGCUCGUUGACCUGACAGGUGCAGGUGGUGCGGCGGGAAAGCGGUUUGGGGUUGCACGCAUAGGUACUCCUGUAGCACCCACACCGAAUGCGCGCUCGUCCCUUGCAGCUGCGUGGGGAGCCGGUGACUCCCGCCCCAGGAACACAGCACAUUUACAGAAAGAAGGCCUUCGGAGAGCUAUUGAGCACAGAUCCGGGAGGGAGGGCCAGAGGGAAGGGAUUGCCGGGAGGUUGACGGGACGGCUAGCCUGGUACGUACUUUUUCUUCCGACUGCUGUACACCAAAAUUGCAUGUGCAGUUCACCAAGAACAAGAGCGCCCCGGCCGACACCUUGCACGCAGCAUGAAGACGAGUGAGCGGGCUGGCCGUGAAGAUCAGACGCACCGCCAGUAUGUGCCAGCGCACCACGCCUACAGCGGCUACGUGCUCUCCCGGGAUGAAAGGGUGGGAACGGUCCGGUAUUCAGACCUGUCGCCCGAGGUGUUCUUCGAUGAUUUCGUGGCUCGUCGAAAGCCAGUGCUGAUGGAUGGUUGCCUCACGGAAGAAGAGGGCUGGCGAGGGAAUAACUGGACCAACGAGUACCUCCGCGAAAAGGCUGGUGACGCAGAGGUGAAAGUGGAGUACCGGGGCGGGGCGGAGGAGCGGUACGGUCAAGGGCUAGAAAGAGGGAUGAAGUUUGGCGACUUCCUCGGCGAGCUGGAACGAAAGAACGACCUUUUGUAUCUCACUACUCAGGAGCUUGGGCUGGAUCCCACCGGCAGACCCGGCCUCAUGAGCGCGCCGCUGGACAGGCUGCGGGAGGACUUCCCUCUCCGCCCGGGGCUUGCUGGCGCGCUCGUGCCACAGAACGUGAACCUCUGGAUGGGGCACACGAAGGAGGGCGGCUCUAGCAGCGGGCUUCACCAUGACUUUCACGACAACCUCUACGUGCUCCUUAGGGGGAAGAAGACGUUCAGGCUCUUCAGCCCAGCGGACGCCCAUCGCAUGUACCUGGAAGGAGAGCUCGUGAAGGUUCACCCCAACGGGCGGAUAAACUACAAGGGCAAGGAGACCCUAGCGGACGGUUCAGAUCCCUUGGCGGAGACCGCAGCUAGGGCCGCGGAGCUGGUAGACCAGGCGGCAAUGAAAGCGGAGGUAUCUACAGCAGCAGUACUCAGCCUCUCAAAAUGGCUUCUGACGCCAUGCUUGGCUUCGCUGCGGUGCAAACGCCGGACGAUCCAGGUUCUGGCAUGGAAGCAGCAGGGCGAGGCGGAGAGAGGGAUACGCUGGCUGUGGAGUCGCGCAAGUCUGAGGAAGAGACAGGUCGCUGCGGCGCAGGCCGCCCUCGAACGCGGCGAGAGCGGGGCCGCGCAGCGCCUGGAGGCGGCGGAGGAGGAGCUGGAGAGGGCCUUGGAAGCGGUCCUCGAUGCGGAGUGUGCAGGCGGCGCUGGUUUCGGGGACGGAGGUUCCGGCGAGUCUUCCUCUGACAGCGAGGGGGGCCCGGGCUUCUUCGACGGCAUCAAUGACGACCCUUCCGAGGAGGCUUUUCUUGCGGCGAGCACCAGAACGGCUCGCGGGGCGAGCGGGGGUGUUCGUGUCAGCGACGGCGGUGGGGGUCGUAGUGACGAUUUGGCGGCGGGUUUGGCCGGCGCGGACGGCGGCGGCGUUGGUGACGAAGAUGAUGAUGAUGAUGUUGACCCGAAGGCAGCAGGGAGAGCGAGCAGGAGCAGUGGCGUGGAAGUCAUCAGCGUGGCAGCCGCGGCAACAACAGCCGACGAUGGCAAACCAAGCGGUGCCAAUAGUCGAAGUAGCGACAACGGGGAGAACGGCUGGGUGGAAGCAGGCAGCAGUAGCAGCAGCAGUAGCAGCAGCAGUAGCAGCAGCAAGGACGUUGAGAACGGCGGCGGCAGAGCAGAACAAGACCCAGCAGCAGGCGAAGGCAGAACCGCGAAGAGGAGGAAGAUCGAGGGCCAGGAGCAGCAGGGAGCGAGCAAGUCGGCGCCCGCCAACUUCAGCAGAGUAGACCCGUCCCUUCCGCGCGCGGAGCUCGCGGAACGGUUCCCCCUGUUCCUCGAAGCGGAGUCUUGUACCGUGGAGGUGGAGGCCGGGCAGAUGUUGUACUUGCCGGCCGGGUGGUUCCAUGAGGUGUCCUCGGUGGCAUCGGAAAACGGCCACAUGGCGUUCAACUAUUGGUUCCAUCCCCCGGACUCUUUUGGCUCGUCCUCCUCGCCGUACGAGUCGAGCUUUUGGCAGAGGGAUUGGGAAGCACGCCAGGAGGAAGGAGGCGGGCUCGGGGCGGGGGUGGAGAAGAAGAAUGAAUAGUGAAGAAAAAGCAGUCUCUGCUCGUCGUGCCGCGGUUGGAUGAGGAUAAUGUAGAAUGUGACAUUAUGUCCAGGUGCCCUGUACCCAAGGGUCGUCUGCAGGCGGUUCAGUGUAUAUAUGCUGUAUUGGGUUCCAGGAAGAAAGGCUGCGUAAUGUUCAGACCGAAGUGUGUUCCGACCGAAGUCAAUGUUGUUGCUAGAGUUGUGAAUCGGUACGAAAAAACGAUAUAUUUUACAUCGGCUGCGCAGCAGGCGAUAUAACGAUAUUUUCUCCGAUAU